UACCUAAUAAAUACAGACGCUUCUAAGCGUUCCGGCCUUCGCCUGCCUCCCCUCAUAGGUGGCAUGGCCCCAUGAGUCCAGAUACUCUUCACCAGUUCUUCAGUGUCCUGUCUCUUUACUUCUUGGAUCCUGCACUUCAGCACAACAUAAGGGACACCUCACAACCCUGUGGGGCCCAACAGCCCUACAGUGGACAAAGCUUGUACCUAGAGCUGGAUCUCCUCGUGUGCAGGUUUUGGGAAGAUGUGUUUGUCACGGUAGGAGAGAGAGAGAGACUAUUCUCUCUGUAGACGGUGCUGAGCGGGAAGAAAGCCCACGGGAAGCUUAGACUGAAGCUGCAGGACCCUUUGGCUCCUCGGCCUCUGGACCUACAAAACCCAGAGUGGCGGCGAGCGCUGAGCCAAUCAGGUGCUGCGCCUCGGCCGGCCGUGCGGGGGGUGUGGCACCGUGUAAGCGGAAACCACGCCUCUCUACGCGGGGGGCGGGGCACGUGUCUCGCGCACCUUGGGCAGUGCCCGGCGGAACCACGCCUUUUCCGCUAGCCGCGCGGCCUGGGCUUCCCUCGUGUUUAAAAGAGCUCUUGUGGCUGCUGCUAUCUUAACUCCUGUGCUUGGAGGCCAGACAGUCGAGAUGGCGGCAGAGGUGUUGCCGAGUGCGAAGUGGCUGUAUUGUGGGGCGCCCGCUGGAAGCCAGAGAGCUGUACUGGUCCAGUUCUCCAACGGGAGGCUGCAGAGUCCAGGCAACAUGCGCUUUACCUUGUAUGAGAACAAAGAUUCCACCAACCCCAGGAAGAGGAAUCAACGGAUCCUGGCAGCUGAAACAGAUAGGCUUUCCUAUGUGGGAAACAAUUUUGGGACUGGAGCCCUCAAAUGCAACACUUUGUGCAGGCACUUUGUGGGAAUUUUGAACAAGACCUCUGGCCAAAUGGAAGUAUAUGAUGCUGAAUUGUUUAACAUGCAGCCACUGUUUUCAGAUGAAUCAGUUGAGAGUGAACUGGUACAAGAGAGUCAGACCAAAACUUAUAGAGAAAAGAUGGAUUCUUGUAUUGAAGCCUUUGGUACCACCAAACAGAAACGAGCUCUGAACGCCAGGAGAAUGAACAAAGUUGGCGGUGAUUCUUUGAAUCGUGCAGUGGCUAAAGCUGCAGAGACUAUCAUUGAUACAAAGGGUGUGACUGCUCUGGUCAGUGAUGCUAUCCACAAUGACUUGCAAGGUGACUCCCUCUACCUUCCUCCCUGCUAUGAUGAUGCAGCCAAGCCUGAAGACGUGUAUAAAUUUGAAGAUCUUCUUUCCCCUGUGGAGUAUGAAGCUCUUCAGAGUCCAUCUGAAGCUUUCAGGAACGUCACAUCGGAAGAAAUACUGAAGAUGACUGAGGAGAACAGCCAUUGCACAUUUGUCAUAGACGCACUGAAGUCUUUGCCAUCAAAUGUGGAGAGUCGAGACCACCAGGCCCGACGCAUAUGGUUUUUGGAUACCCUUAUCAAAUUUCGAGCUCAGAAGGUAGUAAAGCGGAAAAAUUCCCUGGGACCUGACAUUCCCCACAUCAUCAACACCAAACUGCUGAAGCACUUUACCUGCUUGACGUACAACAAUGGCAGAUUACGGAACUUAAUUUCGGAUUCUAUGAAGGCGAAGAUUACUGCAUAUGUGAUCAUACUUGCCUUGCACAUAAAUGACUUCCAAAUUGACCUGACAAUGUUACAGAGGGACCUGAAGCUCAGUGAGAAAAGGAUGAUGGAGAUAGCCAAAGCCAUGAGGCUGAAGAUCUCCAAAAGAAGGGUGUCUGUGGCUGCCGGUGAUGAAGAAGAUCACAAACUGGGCACCCUGUCCCUCCCACUGCCUCCCGCCCAGACCUCAGACCGCCUGUCAAAGCGGAGGAAGAUUACCUAGGUGCCUGCUUUCCAGACAGGAGAUUUUGGCUGCAUCAUAGCCACUGGCUGGUCCUAUUCAUUUCCAUUUUUAUUUUUUAAAAAGGAAAGGCUCACACCUGAAAUCCCAGCACUUUGGGAGGUUGAGGAGGGAAGAUCACCUGAGCUCAGGAGUUCGAAACCAAUCUGGGCAACAUAAGGGAGACCUUGUCUCUACUGCAAAAAAUAAAAAAAUAAAAAGUCA